AUGGAGCAGCAAAGGAAGGCAAUAGCGAGCAAAAUAGGGCUCUUUCUCGAAGAGGAUAUACCAUCACCCCAAUCAAUAUUCAUACAAGACAGCCAGUCUAUUGAUUUCACAAUCGAGUUUCUUCGCGAUACGCUGCCCUCUCAAACACCAUUUAUAUCGACCUCAGAAGCCUACAACGCGCGUUUAGUAGUGGAGCGUAUUCUCACAGCUUAUAAUGUCGAUGGUGCAUCAACGAACCCCGUUGAAAGGCUAAUUGAUGGUCUGUCGAACUUCCAGGGUGAUUUCACGAAGCGCUAUAUCGUCAUAACCGAAGCUCAUAGGUUGAAGAACUAUGAUAACCUCCUUAUUCCCCUUCUUCGCCUUCCCGAGAUAAUACAGCUACCUUUUACGCUCAUCAUGACGUCUAAACAACCAUUCACAACGCUAAGACCGACAAAUGGACUUUCACCUGAUCCGAUACUAGUCAAUAUACCUCCAGUUUCUAGCAAAGACAUUUAUGACUAUCUCAUCCAAAACUGUCCUAGUGAUGUUGGUGAAAAUCUUCACAGUACUUAUCAAGCAUUAUGUAACUUCAUAAUGAGCUCGACGACGGCACUUAACACCCAACCAAAAGAGUUGCUCAAAAUCACGCGUAGAGCUUGGCCAAAGUUUAUUGAACCCUGGACAGAACGGGAUGCAAGACCGACCAUGCGAGAUAAUGAGCUCCUUACAUUGACAUUCGCACGAGCAAGUAGGGGAAUCAUACAAUCGAUAAACAGUAAUCUUCCUGAUAAUAUGGAUCUCCUUCAGGCGUCUUUACCAACUGAUUUGACGCGCUGUGCCCAGCUUUUGCUUAUCGCGUCUUAUCUCGCCUCUUACAAUCCACCAAAACAGGAUGUUCAAAUGCUCUCGAUAUCGCUCGACAAGCAGAAAUUGGUGCAUAGGCGGAAAGACGCAAAAAGUAGACCAGCUCAGCAACUAUUAGGUCCGAAGAACUUCUCAUUCGAUAGAUGGUUACAUAUCUAUGGCGCUCUUUUGCAUUUCAUCAAUGAUACUUCACUCACUGCAUACUCACUCACGAAUUUAAAGAAUGACCAUAGGGUUUUCACAGACAACGAACUCGGACAGGUGGAUGUAUUGCAGAAUAUCUCACAUCUGACGCGAAUUAAAAUGGUUCAACGUACUUGUCCAUAUGAAAGAUUGGACGGUAUGACAUUCAAAUGUGCUAUAGGAUACCACGUCGCUUCAAAUCUAGCUAACAGUUUUGGUGUAAAAUUACACGAAUUCCUUUGGGAUAUAUCAUAA